GUAACAGACGCUCAGCUGGUUCCAGUUUGUUCUUGUGUCAAACUGGUUCUGGUUGUUUGAGCUGCAGCCGCGUCAACGUUUGUUUCAUUUGUUCAACAAUCUCCAAAAACUCAACACACACUUUCACUCGUCUGUCCGUCCGUUCAUUUCUCUUUUCAUCUUCACAUUUUUCCUCCCUUCCUUUCUUUUCUCAUAUUCUCCAGAAAACUUACUUUUCCGGUUGUUAUUGACUCUUUUAUUUCUCCAUUUCCUGUUCCACGAUCACUUUAUGUGAUUGAUUGACUGAUUGAUUGAUUGACUGAUUGACUCGGUGACUGAUCUAUUUAUUUGUAUUUAUUUCUUUAUUUUUUGAAUUUUUGGUGCACUUCCUCAUAGUUGCAGUGAGACUCUUCAUAAAUAUGUUACUGUUGCCACACUGACGGCCGCUAAUAUGACCUGGUUGAAGUCUCAGACAGCGGUCUCUCGCUUGGCGGCCAUCUUGCUACAGGUUUCCUCUUCUUCUUUUUUUCUUCAUCUUCUUCUUCUGCCCAACAAGGUGGAGCAGCUGAUCUGAGGAGAGGAUGUAGUAGUUUCUUUCCUUUUUGAAGAGGUGCUGUGUGUAAAAACAACAUCAGUCAAUAUUUACAAUAAAAAGAAAACCUAAGUGAAACUGCAGCGAUGUAAUAAUCAGCUCUCACGACCUCGCGGCUGCACUGUGUUUACAUCUGCAUCUUUAAGUCCAGUUGUUCAGCUUCAGAGCAGGAAGUUAAUUUUCUUGGCCGGACUGGAACCUGAAUCUGAUGGACUGUUGUGGCUGAUGUUUUCCUGCUGAUUACAGUGAAAACAGGGUGGAUGGAGACGGAGGGAGGGAGACGCUUCCUCUCCCCAAACACUCUGAGGGUUGUUUCUAACGAAAACUCUCCGCAGGACGUCACCUCCUUCCUCCUCACUCCUUCUCCAACACCACUCCUCUUAUUCUGAGCUGGACGGAUCAGAGACGAUCUGCGUGGAGCCAGUAGGGAUGUCGAUAUUUCUAUAAAACUCAUCAUUAAGCUCUUCUCUUCCUCCUCACCACCAUGCCUCAAAUCCGAUCACCACCAAACUCAUCUCUUCCAACUCCAAAGGCUCCACCCAUCACCACCACCACCAUCUCCACCACCACCAUCCACACUAACACCACUGUUGACCCAGCCGCUGCUGCCGUCGCAGGCUUCUUCAACAACCUGCUGAACAAGAUCCCCCUGCCUCGAUGGGCGAUCUACACCAUCUUUGCGUGCGGAGCUCUGCUGAUUCUGCUGUUCUGUCUGUGCAUCUGCAAGAAGUGCUGCUGCAAAGGGACGAAGAAGAAGCGGCAGAAGAAAGCAGACGAGAACAUCAACCUGAACGGAGUCAAUGGAAAAACCACCACAGCUCUGGUUCAGCCCAACGUGACCGAUGUGGACUACGGUGCGACCAAACAGAAGCAAAGAGGAAAGCUGCUCUACUCUCUGGAGUACAAAGCCGCUCAGUCUGAGCUCAUCGUGGGGAUCAAACAAGCCAAAAGCCUGAAGGCGAUGGACCUUGGAGGAAGCUCCGACCCGUACGUCAAAGUCUACAUCCUACCCGACAAAUCCAAAACCUGCGAGACCAAAGUGUUCAAAAAUACGCUGAACGCCGUCUUCAACGAACAGUUCACCUUCCAGAUAUCCAAGUCCACCCUGCUGAACUCGACAGCGGUGAUGCAGGUGUUCGACUUCAACAGAUUCUCCAAACACAACAUCAUCGGUGAGCUCAGGAUGCAGCUCUGCGACGUCGACUGGAACCACGUCAUCGAGGAGUGGCAGGACCUCGCCGGCCCCGCCAAGUUUGAGGAAGAAAACCUGGGUGAGAUCUGCUUCUCUCUGCGUUACGUUCCCACUGCCGGCAAACUGACCGUGGUGAUCCUGGAGGCCAAAAACCUGAAGAGCAUGGACAUCGGAGGAAGUUCAGAUCCGUAUGUGAAGGUGCAGUUGGCUCUGGACAAGAGGAAGUGGAAGAAGAGGAGGACGUCUAUUAAAAAGAAGACGCUGAACCCUUAUUACAACGAGUCCUUCACCUUCGACGUGUCAUUUGAUCAAAUCCAAAGGGUGAACCUAGUGAUCUCCGUCUGGGACCACGACGCCAUUACGCGAAACGACGCCAUGGGAAAGAUCUUCCUGGGCUGCGACGCCUCAGGGAACCAGCUGAGGCACUGGGCCGACAUGUUGUCCAACCCGCGGCGGCCGGUCGCUCAGUGGCACACACUGCUGUUGGCCGAGCAGGUCAACUCCACCCUGACCCUGAAGAAGAGGAUACCCCUCGCCAAUAAACUGCCCUUCUGAUGGGAGACGCACGGGAAAUCAUUUCAGACGCAUCAGAACGAGGAGAUUAAAAUCGUGGUUGCAGAUCAUUUCUCAGCAGCUCCUCUGGGAAGGAAACUGAUUACACUUGAUUGUAUUCUUUGUAUUUUACAUGAUAUAUUUUGGUAUAAAAGUCACAUUUUAAUUUUUAACCCGAGCACUUCACUCUUCCUCCCUCGAUGGAUCUAUCAUAAAAAACUAAUUCUAUCCUUUAAACUUAAAAUAUGUAUAAAAUGUGUUAUAUGAAUAACUUCUGUUCACAUGUGUUUUAAAUCACGAUCAUAAACUUUUUGCACUUUAAGCAUCGACUCACCUUUUUAAAACGUUCACAAAAUCAGGUCAUUAAAAUGUUUCUGGUGCCCUCUGUUGGUCGCAACAAGACUGACACUUCUGUGCAUAUUAGUAUGUAUUAAACUAUGUAUUCCUCUAACACAGAGAGGAACGACCCGAGGAACGUGGGAGAGAGCUCAAGGUGUCAGCCUGGCCACCAGAUUCCCCAGAUCUCAAUCCAACUGAGCUUCCACUGGAUGCAGUCUGAGCCAAGAACCAUCCACGGGGGCCCGACAUGGAUGGGAGUUGGUUCUGGCACAUCCCAUGGAUGCUCAACUGGACUGGGUUCUGGAGAAUGAGGAGGCCAGUUUGACACCUUGGGUUCUUCGUCAGGUUCCUCAGACAAUUCCUGGGCAGUUUCUGCGGUGCUACAUAUGCAUUCACCUGCUGGGGGGCCACUGCCAUCAAGAAGUACUGUUGCCAUGAGGGGGCGUAGUUGGUCUGAACGGUGUUUGGGUGGGUGGUGCUUGUCAAAGAGGCUCCACAGAAAUUACAGAACUCAGAGUUUCCCAGCAGAACAUUUGAUUGUAACAAGAUGAUCAAUGCUCACUUCACAUGUCAGUUGUUUUAAUGUUGUGGCUGAACAGUCUAGAUAUACAUGUUAAAUCAAAUAUAAUCAUAUCAUUUCUAUUAAUUCUAUUCUAAACAGACAUACUGUUUAUAUUUCCUCUCAGUAAACAAAACCCAUUUAACAUGUUGAACUGAGGCCAGUUGCCUACAAUAUAGCACUUUAAACCCAUUUAAAAUACUACUUUUACUUCCUUCUUUUAUUUCCCAUUAAGUUACUUCUAAAUCGCUUGUUUGCAAAUGUGUCUUUUUUAUUAGAUUUUUAAAAGACAAACAGAGAAAGUAGGAGAGAGACUAGUGUCCCGACAGUGAGACUGUAGUGACUUCUGCCAACCCAAACUGUCGGUAUUCAAUGACCUGUGAAUGAGACCCGACUACCCUCUAGAAUCAUUUACUG